AUGGGUGCCUGCAUCCCCAAAAACAUACCGCCAACACCACUAAGUACAGAAAACUUACAGUCAGCACGCAACAGUUUGCAGAUCGGGAAUCGGGAAUCUGACGAGAUGGUGAGGGCUUGCUUAGAUCAUGCUGCCCAAGAGUUCCAUCAUGAGCCUCGCUGUCUACAAGAUAAUGCCACCUUGAUUAUUCAGGUGAGAGGAAGAAAGAUAAUGGAGUUUAUCUCUGGUGGAGGAGAAAACAAAAUUGUAGUUUCUUGGUUAAAAGGAAAAACACACUACCAUAUUGAGAUCUCCACCUUGGAAGUGUACUUAGAUCGAUUGUCUCUUUCUCCACCUCCACUAACCUCUGAGAACUUGGAGAAAGUGAGACAGGAGCUUGCUAAAUGGGACAACAGUACCAAAGAACUGCGGGCUUGCUUGGAUAUGUCUAUAACAGAGAUUGAGAAGGAACCUCCUUCGGUGAAGAGCAAUGCUGAACUGACUAUUGAGUGUGCUAACUCUUGCUUAGAUUUCAUUUCUGGAAAGGGGAGGUCCCGUAUCCAUAUCUUCUUUUCUGAUAAGCAACCUCACUAUCGGGUUCGAGUUUCUUCCAUGGAUGUCUAUUUAGACAGGUUGAGCUAUCGCACAAUGUUGCUCACCACGGAAAACUUGAUGAAACUAUGGAAAGAAACAGAAGACUUCAAAGGAUGUACAGUAGACCUCCGAGCCUGCCUCAAGCGAGCUUUGCAGGAGUUUAAUGCUUUGUCCCCACAACACCGGGCCAAUGCCACUGUCUUCAUUGACUGUGAUGGGAAGAACUUCAAGAUGGUUUCUGGGCGUGGAGAUAGCUGGAUCUCUAUCUUCAACGUUAUUGGAGAUCAACAUUGCCGCAGAGAAGUCGUUCUAGCAUUGGGAGAGGUGGAGUCAUCAAGCAAAGUAACAGGGAAACAUGGGAAAGAAGGUCCAUCAUUUUGGAUAAAAAGAUCAGAAGCAAGGAGAAAUGCAGAGGAAGGUCCAUCUAGUCUGGCCAGGAGGACAUCUAACCAGCCAAAAGGGCUGGCCAUUGGGAAGAAAUCUAAAAAGGGGACAUCCAAUAUGAUUGAGUUAAAAGAAUUUGCAUCAAAUAAUAGAAAAGCAGAGGAAGAAACAAUGCUUGUCCAGGGAAGGACACUUUCCAGUGGGAAAGAUACUGGAGUCUCCAAUAGUUCAAAGGCACUGGGAAAAGAACUUUCUCUUCUACCAAAGUUAUUACAAGCUGGUACCAAGAAACCCCAACCUGGUGGAAAAGAAAGUGAUCUUGCGGGACCACUGAGUUUACAUAGUGGGACAACAACAGAGGUGGCACUGGUCCAUGGCAAGAAUGGGGAAGCAGAGAGUGAAGUGGUGGCAUCUAAUGACUCCAGUGAAGAAGACUCAUCUAACAUUCUAGAGAAAUCUUCCAACAGCAGACAGGGAGAUGAUGGACCAGAAAGAUGA